AUGAGCCGCUCUGACAUCCGGGUCCCCUGCUCCUGCCUCAGUAGAGCAACUACUGAUGAGCAAGAUUGGAAGACUAGCAAUUCCCGAGAGCGCCCGAGGGCCGCUCCUCUGGAGGAGGAGGAAAUGGAGGGAGAGGACCGUGGGGACCAACCGCGCGGCCCCGAGCACAGACGGAAGAAGCACAGAAACCCCUCAGAGAUGGCCAGGUCCCACCACAGGUCCCGCAGCCCGGAGAGGGGCGAGGACAGAAGGCAGCGCCACAGGGUUUCUCCAGCUUUUUCUUCGAGGCCAGGAUCUUCUGGUUACGGCCAGUCCCCUCCAUGGUCUACGCGUCCUCGUCUGAUGACCGGGGACCGUCACAGACGCCCUGCCGAGGCCGGCGCUGCACACCGGAGGCCCGGAGAAGGCCCCUCUGAUGCCCCUCACGCCAGACGGGGGCUCAGUCAAGACCACCGCCUGGGUGCACCCCACGGCAGCGGGGCUGGGAGUCAAAGCAGAGGGCACCAGCCUCAUCAUGGGGACAAGCGCCCGGUGGGUGCCAAGGGACACGAGACGUCCUCUGCUUUGAUCAGCAAGAAGUCAAGCCUUGACUUCUCCAGACAGAAAAGCCCAAGGCCGCCUCUCUCCUUGGGCCACACGAAGGAGAAUCCGCCCUCUAGUGGUGUCAAGAAGGAGAAGGAAAGAGAAGGCCACGGCAUCCAGUUUUCACCUCCCUUCAGGCGACUUUCCCACCAUCUUAAAAAGCGAAAGCACGAAGACUCUGUGAAUACCAAAUGGGACAAAAACAAGCGAAGUCUCGACCGCUUAGACGCAGCCGAGUGUUCUGGAGGCCUUUUGCCCAAGGUGAAAGAGAAGAUUUCUAAUAACCAAAAGAUUCAAACAAGAAAAAUGAGACCUCCUGUUUCGGAUGGAACGCCAGUAGGGGGCUCCCUCUCUGAAUUUACGGAUAAUGAAUUCAAACCGCCCACCAUGUCUUUGGAGUCACACCUCAACCACGACCAGCCCAGGGAGAAAAAGAUUAGGAAAACUUCAGCCACUGCUCUUGAAGAAAAAGGACUUAAAAAAAAUGAUUCAAGUGAAAACUUGGACUCGGUUCAGGAACUAUCUAAGGUGAAUAAAAACAAAUCAGGGAAGCUGCCACCAUCUGGAAACGACUGGGCCAAACUGAAAAAGGUGCCCCCUGAUGCAUUACCAGUAUGGCCAGACCUCCCGUUACCCAGGGUCCAGGCCAAGUACUGUCCACUUCCAGCCUUUGAAUUGAUGUCCUCCUUCCGACCAAAGCAAAAAGCACUGCCCUCACCCCAGAAAGAGGAAGACGUUGGAUUUACUGGACGCAGAAUGAACUCUAAGAUGCAGGUAUAUUCUGGUUCCAAGUGUGCCUAUCUCCCCAAAAUGAUGACCUUGCGCCAACAGUGCAUCUGGGUACUUAAAAACAACAUCAAUUCAAUCUUUAAAGUGGGAGGAGUCCCAUAUUCAGUUCUUGAACCCAUUUUGAAGAGCUGUGCACCUGAUCAGCUGUAUCGCAUAGAGAAAUACAAUCAUGCACUAGUCAAAGAAACAGAUAAAUUAUGGAAAAUUCACUGUCACCAAAACUUUAGGAAAGAAAGGCCAAAAGAGGAUGAGUCAUGGCGAGAGAUGUACCUGCGGCUUCAGGAUGCCCGAGAGCAGCGGCUUCGAGCGCUGGCAGUGAACAUCCAAUCUGCGCACGCCAAUAAGCCCAAAGGCCGACAAGCACAGAUGAUCCUUUUCAACUCUGUGGCCAGGCCACCUGCUGAUGUUCGAAGGAGGCAGAAGUUUGAAAUAGGAGGAGCAGCUGUCCCAGAAAAAGUCAAGAUCAAGCCAGCCCCAUACCCCACAGGAGGCAGCCAUGCUCCCUCCAACAACAAUAGCCUUGACCUCAUCCACGAGAAGCCGGCCUAUGCCUGCCCAAGCACCACUAGUACCCAUUUGAUGCGUGUGGUCAGCAGCAGAAAACCUGCGAAAAAAAUUGCCCCAAUGAUGGCCAAGGCCAUUAAAGAUUUCAAGAACAGAUUCUCCCGAUGAUAAAUUGAGGCCUUGCCUUGGAGAUGGAAUUCAGGGAAGAGGAAUAUAGAGGCAUUGGGGGUUAGGGAAUGGGAUUUCCAAAGGAGACCAGAAUCUUUUGCUUUGUAAAAACUUUUGGACUCUGACUCCUGUAGUUUUCAAGUGUUGUACCUGUGAAUGUUCAUGCCACAGCCACGGUCUCCCUGCCUGGAGAACACUUUAGGAUUCUGAAGAUGAGAAGCCUCAUUCUCACUGAGGAUUUUAAGAUCAACUGUGCUUUUGUUGUUAACUAGCCUCUUUGUAAACAGUAAGGCAUAGU